UCUGGGAGUUUGUCGUUUUAGCUAGCUAACUAAAGCGUUACCGUCAGCUAGCUAUGUUGCUGUUAUUGUUGAAUAAACUAACGUCGGGACAUUCUUGUUUAUUUAUAUGACAAUGUUACCUAGCUAGAUACAGAAACCAAUAUGUGUUUAUGGGUCAAAUUAACGUUGUCCGUUUUAGCUAACAGUUGUCUCUAUCAUCAUCAAACCAUAUUGACGUUUCACUUGACGGUAACGCGUUAGCUAGUAUGAGCGUACUGGUGGCUAGUUCGCUGGCUAGCUAUUUCACUAAGUGUACAGCGACUUUGCUUUUGCCUGAUUUGAGUCAGCAUCGUCACCUUACAGCAUUGCAUUUGAAUAACCAAAACACAUUAUGCAAUUGUUUGUUUAUAGUUACCAUGUCAUUAAUAAUUAUAUAGCUAGUAUUGAUAGCUAGGUAACUGACAAAGAUGGAGGACGUCAAAACAUUGUUUACACGGAAGACGAUAUACUCAACCAAAGAUAGCUAGUUUAGUUAGCUGCUGCACAGUUAGAACCAGCCACACAGUACAGUACAUAACGCUAGAUAGCUUGCUUUUUAGGACUAAAAGGGCUGUAGCCUCACUAACCAGGGUUAUUGAAAAAUAGUAAAUAUCGUGAAUGACAAUUAAUUUUGUACUCAUCGUUUAGUACUUCGGUUUUUGUUGAACAGCUAGCUACAUUUGCUGUUCUCGUCGACUACAACCGUUACUUAGCUAGUUAUAUGACAGCCGCAGAAUGUUGGUAGUCAGUAGCUUAGGUCAGCCGAUCUUGCACUGGCUAACAUCAAACCAUAAUGAACAAAAAUGGCCUUACGUGAGUAGGGCUUAAUAAUGGAGGGACGUGUAUUGUAUGAAGCCGACGUAUUCGUGCUCAUUUCUAAAUAAGUUUGCUGACGCAGGUUAGCGAUGAAUUGCCUUCGUCUUUUACUUUAAAACAUCGUUAGCUUUAUUAGCGAGGUGGUUGGAAAAGCAGUUAACCAUAGGCAUAGUUAGCUAUCAAGUAGCCAGUUCGCUUGGAUAGUAACACGCUAGUCACCUUUCUUUUAAUUUCAGUUGGCUUGCUAGUUGCGUUAACGGAUUUGCCCAUAUUUACAGUUAUGUGCCGUUGUCUUCGGGUUAAUAUCUAGCUUGUUCGAUCGGUUCUAGUCAUGUGGUAUUUCAUUUAGCAAAACUAACAACUUUGCAUUUCUUUUGCGCCCUUCGAUGAUCCAGCUGACUGCUCCCAUCUGCCAAUUACCGCUGAGUGUGCAAACGGAAUUUAUUAUCCUCACUUCCUAUCAAACACGCUUCUAUUACCCAUACAUUUUGGUGGAUCCUGAGAAGGGGAGAAGUCCAUACUUACUUGAGUGGGUCCAGAAAAUGUUAAAGAAAUGAUAGCAGCACAAGAGUUGCACACAGAGUUUCAGUUUCCUCAGGAGGCUGAUACACAGUUGUCCUCUGACACAGACCUUGAGGAACCUGAUGUCAAGAAUGCAAAGCUUGGUAAAGGAAAGGGGGGGAAGAAGGGGAAGAAAGCCCCUGGAGAGAAGGGCAAGUGUGGGGCAGCGAAGGGAGCUGGCCUUGGUCGGGUGAAUGGCCACCACCGGGAGAAUGGGAUGGAGAACAUGACCUUGUUUGAGGUGGUAAAGAUGGGGAAGAGUGCCACACAGUCAGUCGUUGAUGACUGGAUUGAGUCUUACAAAAACGAUAGAGACAUUGCACUCCUGGACUUGAUCAACUUUUUCAUCCAGUGUUCUGGUUGUAAAGGUGCUGUCAGUGCAGAGAUGUUCAGACACAUGCAAAACUCUGAGAUCAUCAGGAAGAUGACAGAGGAGUUUGAUGAGGACAGCGGGGACUACCCGUUAACCAUGGCAGGGCCCCUAUGGAAGAAGUUCAAGUCAAGCUUCUGUGAGUUUAUUGGGGUGCUGGUGCGGCAGUGUCAGUACAGCAUCAUCUAUGACGAGUACAUGAUGGACACGGUUAUCUCGCUGCUCACUGGCCUGUCUGACUCUCAGGUUCGGGCCUUCAGACACACCAGCACACUGGCAGCCAUGAAGUUGAUGACAGCCUUGGUGAAUGUGGCUCUGAACCUGAGCAUCAAUAUGGACAACACCCAGAGGCAGUAUGAGGCAGAGAGGAAUAAAGUCAUGGCUAAGAGGGCGAACGAUAGGCUGGAGCUCCUGUUACAGAAGCGCAAAGAGCUUCAAGAAAACCAAGAUGAAAUUGAAAACAUGAUGAAUGCAAUUUUCAAAGGAGUGUUCGUUCAUAGAUAUCGCGAUGCCAUAGCUGAAAUCCGGGCAAUUUGCAUUGAGGAGAUUGGGGUAUGGAUGAAGAUGUACAGUGAUGCUUUUCUUAAUGACAGUUACCUGAAGUAUGUUGGUUGGACCAUGCAUGACAAGCAAGGAGAAGUGCGUCUCAAGUGUCUGACUGCACUCCAGGGCCUGUACUAUAAUCGGGAGCUCAACACCCGACUGGAGCUGUUCACCAGCCGCUUCAAGGACCGUAUUGUGUCAAUGACUCUGGACAAGGAGUAUGACGUUGCAGUGCAAGCAAUAAAACUUCUGACUCUUGUCUUGCAUAGCAGUGAUGAGGUCCUGACAGCGGAGGACUGUGAGAGUGUUUAUCAUCUGGUCUACUCAGCUCAUCGGCCUGUGGCUGUGGCUGCAGGGGAGUUCCUCUAUAAGAAGCUGUUCAGCCAUCGAGGCCCAGAGGAGGAGGGGAUGCCCAGGAGGGGCAGGCAGAGUCUCAAUGGGAACCUUAUCAAGACCACUGUCUUCUUUUUCCUGGAGAGUGAGCUCCAUGAGCACGGGGCCUACCUGGUGGACAGCCUAUGGGAGUGUGCAUCAGAGCUGCUUAAAGACUGGGAGAGCACCAUCAGCCUGCUGCUGGAUGAGCCCAUGCCCGGGGAGGAGGCCCUGACAGACCGGCAGGAGACGGCUCUGAUAGAGGUGAUGCUGUGCGCUGUCCGUCAGGCCUGUGAGUGCCACCCUCCAGUGGGGAGAGGCACGGGGAAGAGGGUGUUGACCGCAAAGGAGAAGAAAACCCAGCUGGAUGACCGGACGAGAAUCACUGAGAUUUUUGCUGUGGCGUUGCCUCUGUUGUUGGCUAAGUACUCCGUCGAUGCUGAGAAGGUGACCAACUUACUGCAGCUGCCUCAGUUCUUUGACCUGGAAAUCUAUACCACUGGUCGAUUAGAGAAGCACUUAGAGUCGUUGCUGCGUCAGAUCAGGGAGGUAGUGGAGAAGCAUACGGAGACUGACGUGCUGGAAGCCUGCUCCAUGACCUACCACGCCCUCUGCAACGAGGAGUUCACCAUCUUCAACAGGGUGGACAUCGCCAGGUCCCAGCUACUGGAUGAGCUGGUAGACAAGUUUAACAGACUCUUGGAGGACUUCCUGCAGGAGGGAGAGGAACCAGAUGAGGAUGAUGCCUACCAGGUCCUCUCCACACUGAAGAGGAUCACUGCUUUCCACAAUGCACAUGACCUAUCUAAAUGGGACCUGUUCACCAGCAACUAUAAGCUACUAAACACAGGACUUCAGAAUGGCGAUAUGCCUGAGCAGAUUGUCAUUCAUGCCAUGCAGUGCACACACUACGUGAUUCUGUGGAACCUAGCCAAGGUAUCAGAGGGCAGCUCCAAUAAGGGGGACAUGGUGACCCUGAGGAAGCAGAUGAGGGCUUUCUGUCUGAUGUGUCAGCGCUACCUCACCAGUGUCAACACCACGGUCAAAGAGCAGGCCUUCACCAUUCUGUGUGACGCCCUGAUGAUCUUCAGCCACCAGAUGGUGUCGUCGGGCAGGGAGCAGCUGGAGCCUCUGAUCUACACACCAGACUCCUCCCUGCAGGCAGAGCUGCUCAACUUCAUCCUGGACCACGUCUUCAUUGACCAGGACGAUGACAACAACAGCACAGAUGGGCAGCAAGACGAUGAAGCCAGUAAAAUUGAGGCCUUACACAAGAGGCGGAAUCUGCUGGCAGCGUACUGCAAACUGAUCAUUUACAAUGUGGUGGAGAUGAACACUGGAGCUGACAUCUUUAAGCAGUACAUGAGGUAUUACAACGACUACGGAGAUAUCAUCAAAGAAACUAUGAGUAAAACCAGACAAAUCGACAAGAUUCAGUGUGCCAAGACCCUCAUUCUAAGUUUGCAGCAGCUUUUCAAUGAGAUGUUAUCUGACCUCGGCUGCAACUUCGAUCGCUCGUCCUCGUCUUUCUGUGGUAUUAAAGAACUGGCCCGACGUUUUUCGUUAACCUUUGGCCUGGAUCAGCUGAAGACCAGAGAGGCUAUCGCCAUGUUACACAAGGAUGGAAUUGAGUUUGCUUUCAAGGAGCCCAGCCCACAGGGAGAGGGAAACCCUCCUCUCAACCUUGCCUUCCUGGACAUUCUUAGCGAGUUCUCCUCCAAACUGCUUCGCCAGGACAAGAAGACUGUUCACCUCUACCUGGAGCGGUUCAUGACCUUCCAGAUGGCCCUGCAGCGAGAGGACUGCUGGCUGCCCCUCAUCUCCUACAGGAACUCCCUGCAGGCUGGAGGGGACGACGACACCAUGUCGGUCAUGAGCGGCUACAGCAGCCGAGGUUCAAGCAUCAGGAGUAAGAAGGCCAAGCCAGCCAGCACAGGGAAGAGGAAACUGCCUGAAGAGGAAAGUAGCAGCUGCAGCACAGACGCGCAGGUGUGGAUGAACCGGGAGCAGAACGUUCAGACGCCAGUGAUGAUGCCCUCGCCGCACCUCACCUCCACCGUCCUGAGGGACCCCAAGAAAAUGAGGCCAGAGGAGAGCUACAUGGGCGUCUACGCCAUGACGUCAGAGCAACAGCAGCACCAAGCGCUGCCCGCUCAGCAGCACCACCAUCAGACCCCCAUGGACUACAAUACCCAGGUGACAUGGAUGCUAGCCCAGAGACAGCAGGCAGAGGCCCGACAGCAGCAAGAGAGAGCCAAUAUGCAGUACGCCAAGAUGAGAAGCCACAUGCAGCAUGCAAUCCGCCGUGGGUCUGGACUCAUGGAAGACGAUGAGGAGCCAAUUGUAGAGGAUGUUAUGAUGUCAUCAGAGGACCGUUUGGAAGAUCUGAAUGAGGGCAUGGAUUUCGACACUAUGGAUAUUGAUCUGCCCCCCUCAAAAAAUCGUAGAGAAAGAUCGGAGCUGAAGCCGGACUAUUUUGAUCCUUCUUCAAUCAUGGAUGAUUCGGUCCUUAAUGUUUCAAUGUUCUAAGCUGAUUAUGGUAGAUUUGCGUGAAGAGGACACUGUGUUACCGAGAACCUUUUUGACGACAAAGUAUUCUCUGUAGAGAAUUGGUUUAAGAUUUGCUCAUGGGACUAUUUGCUUGUGAGGCAGCAGUGGUUGCCCCUUUGACAACAUGUUUGAAUUUCAUCUUUUGUCAAUGGGCAGGUCAUGUAAAUACAGUGUCUGACAUCUAAGAUUAUCACACCUGGCAUGGCAUGUAGCCAUAUAUUAAUACAUAUAUACAGUAAGAGAAAUGUGAAAUGUCUUCAUAUUGUUGGAAGGCCUUACCGCAAAUAUGAAACACCGGGUUCUCAGAAUUCUCUCUGUCAUGGUAUUUUUUAGAGGUUUAUCUGUUCUGCUUUUAUAACUUAUAGAAUACUUUGAUUUAUAGAUAUUUUGUAAUGACAAUCAGAUGUAAAUCAGUACUUUAUAAUCAUGUAUUAUUCAUAGAGAGUACAGAAAAUAACCUUUGUAAUGGAAUUUCUGGUGUGUAAUAAUGGAUGUGGCCUGCAGUUUAUUUCCCCCCAGUGUUAUAGGUGAAUCCUCUUGGUGAAUUUAUAAUGCCCAAAUGCCAUUUGACCAAUUCACAGGCGUAGUCUGAAUUCUGAAUAGCUUUUGAAAGUUUGAUGAUUUAAAUGCAUUGUGGCUUUUGAAGAGUGGUACAAAACUAUAAAGUGCAGAGGGUUUGUACAAAUGAGCGGUCAAAAUAUUAUGUUAUACCACUGUGUUGUGUCUGUAAGAGAACUUGUUAUAGAAUGUUUCUAAAAUGCCACAUUUAAGAGUUUGGGUUAGCUAUCAUGGUAUCAUAAUAUAUUAUUAUAUAUAAUGAAAUAUAUAAUUAUAUAUUAUACAGUUAUUAAAAAAAGUGUAAUAUAUUGUGAAUCGGUGCUCAUUUUAUAUUUGCUCAGUUUUUGUUAAUUUGAAUUCAACUUAGGAAAGGUUCAAUAGAAUGUAAACUGGUUUAAAUUAACCUCCUAACUCAUGUGCAGGAAUGCACAAGAAUUUACCUUUGAAUUUGUAUGUUUAUGUUCUGUUUGUCUUUUCUAAGGGUUCUUGUUUGAAUAACUUUUAUUUACCUCUGUGUACAUUAGGUUGGUUUGCAGAUUCCCAACAAGCUUUUCUGGAGGAAUACAAUUGUAAUCAUGAAUAUUGUAAAUGAUAGUUUUAUACAGCCACGACAGCUUAAUACACAGCCUCUCCAUUUUCUAAAGCCAAAAUGUUAAUCAUAAUCUAAAUACAAAAUUACAAACCGGAGAAUUUAAUAUUUUUCAUUAUUUAGAUUGUAGCAAUGUUAGACAGAAAAUGAUAAAGUCAAUGAAAUGCGUAGUUGUUUAACUUAAAUUUGAUGUAGGCUUCAUACUGUCAUUUUAAUCUUCUCCUUCUGUUGUCCUUGCAUUGAACUGCUGAAAGUGUGUGCAUACGUCUAUAUGUGUAUGUAUACACAUACAUAUAUGGUAUAUAUUAAAAUGUAUAUACAUUUGUGUUUUUUAUUCUAUUUACAAUGUGUCCACUGUACCAUUUAUGGUUUGUAUUUAUGUAUGGAGACAGUAACUUUUUUGAACAAAAUAAACCCCCUGCAAUUGUGUGAUGAUUUGAA